AUGAUUAUUGUGAUAUAUCUUGCAUUGGCAAUACUGGAAAUGCUAUUUCUUUAUAUUAUUUAUAGGCUUUACAAGCAUUUUAAUCGAUAUCUCUUGAUCGGUUCAGAUGAUCCAUUCUCCAAGAAAGGUUCUCGUCAUCAUAUUUACACAGCCACAUGGCAAAUGCCACCAAAAACAGCUGCUAAUGGAAUCGGAUCACCAGAUUCCGGUGAUCUAUAUCCCUACAGUCCAUAA